UUCUUCCUAUUUUUAUUAUUUUUUUUAUUAGCUCGCCCUAUUGACCUUCUAUAACGUCAGAUUAAAGUAAGUAACGUGUGUCAUUAACAAUAUAUUUGUGAAUAUAUCUGUGAGUACAUUAGUUCACAGUUAAUGUGUCUCUAUCUCCAGAGCUCCUUACUCUUCUAUUGACCCAGCUUCAUUGAGGACACGUUUGUUGUUUCUCGGAAGUGACGAAACCAAAGUACUGAUGGCGGCUCACAGUUUGCUCCCGGAUAUGUACUGAAACGAAUUUGAUGGCGUCUGAUUGGACUUUUUGCAUACUUGGCCGUUUGUCUGAAGUCUUGAGAUUAACAUCGAACCUGUCAAGCACAAGAGCUGUCGAUCCGAGGAGGGAUAAUUUGUUGUAGAGCUCGCCAAGUCCAGAGCUAGCUGGCUUGCCAAUGAAAUACAAGUCCAGUUAGCCUGUGAUCGCAGAGGUUUGUUUGUGUGCGUGGCAAACGUUUGACAUUUUAGCAGAUUUGUGACACUGGCUGGUCCAAGUGCAGCAGAGUCCCUGGUUUCUCUAGUUUGGCUCGCGUUCCUUGCAUUACUUUAAAAGCAAAGAAGCGGCGGGAAGUUGUUAGCCGACCUGAUUAGCUGUAGCCGUAGUUUCAGCUCUUCUGAAGUCAUUGGUCUCUAGUGGAUGGUGUCAGUCUCUUCUAUGAUUCACCGUCGCGCCGUUCAUCGACUGUCAGCAUGUUGAAAACACGUCAGUGUUUACUCGGGAUUCGCACCUUCCUUGGAGUGACGUCUAGAAUAUGGAGUUUCAUUUUAUACAUCCUCAGGAAGCAUCUACGUACGAUAAUCCAGUACCAAACAGUGCGUUAUGACACAUUACCUCUCUCCCCUGUUUCCAGAAACAGACUCCAUGCAGUGAAGAGGAAGAUCUUGGUGUUGGAUCUGGAUGAGACUUUGAUUCACUCUCACCAUGAUGGCGUCCUUAGACCUACAGUGAGGCCUGGUACACCUCCAGACUUUAUCCUCAAGGUGGUAAUAGACAAACACCCAGUCAGGUUUUUUGUCCAUAAAAGGCCGCAUGUCGAUUUCUUUUUAGAAGUGGUUAGUCAGUGGUAUGAGUUGGUAGUAUUUACAGCUAGUAUGGAGAUCUAUGGAUCGGCCGUAGCAGAUAAGCUGGAUAACAACAGGGGUAUCCUCAAAAGAAGAUUCUACAGACAGCACUGCACUUUGGAUCUAGGGAGCUACAUAAAAGAUCUGUCUGUAGUACACAGUGAUCUCUCCAGUAUAGUUAUUCUGGACAACUCGCCUGGAGCUUAUCGAAGUCACCCAGACAAUGCAAUACCUAUAAAGUCAUGGUUCAGUGACCCAAGUGACACAGCACUUCUUAACCUGCUCCCAAUGUUGGAUGCAUUGAGGUUUACCUCAGAUGUUCGCUCCGUCCUCAGUCGAAAUCUCCACCAGCAUCGGCUCUGGUGAUCGUAUCUGUCAGGGCCAGUCUCUCUUCUGGUCACCGUCUUGUUUUUACAUGGCUCUGCCUGCUAGGUGUUAGCCUCUCCUGCGCUGGAACUGUCAGCCUCUUGUCAUCAUGUGAGCUCCCAUUAGUCUCAUGGACUCCUCUGAGGAAAUGCUAUGAGAAGACAUGGGAGAACAGAAAGGAGAGAGAGACACAUGAUGGAGAAGCUAUUACAUAUAAACUCAAAAUGAGAGGCCAGCAUUUUUUUCUUGUUUUUUUUUUUUUUUCUUUUCUUUUUUUUCCUUAUAAAAUGGAAACUCUGCCUUACAGUUGUUGGAUUCAACUUGUGCAUGUUGGAGUGUUUCUGAGUGAAUAGGGGAGAAAGCUUCUGAUUCCAAUUUUACCUUUCAUUUUUUGGGGGUAAAUAAAGAAUCAGUUAAUCAGUUGUAACUACCUGUCACUUUCCACACUUCAUUAGCACUUAUUCCCCCCUUCCUAAAUGUCAGUGUUUGUUGUUUUGUAUGACCUUAGCACAAAUGGUCACAUGGUCUUAUCCACUCAUUCUCUCUUUAAACUUCUGUCCUUCCUCUCUCCUUUUUUUCUGUCUGCCAUCUCAGGUAUCUGAGCCUCUUCUCUAUGUUAAGAGCUGAGAGCUGUUAAUACCGUUGUACUAAUAGUAUGCUGUGGUAGAGAAAACUAUAGCAGGAGAGAAAACUACAGUCCAUUAUUACAGAUUAUGGUAUUAAUUUUCUGUGUAUCUUAAAAUGGCUCAUAUGUGGAACCUCUGGUUAAAUCAGAGAGGUUUUAUCAUAUAUUUCAAGGACACAUUUUUAGAUGUUCUUCGAUAUGGAUACAUCAGCCACUGAGAGAGAGACACAGAGCAACAAGGACUCUGCUAUAACAGAAAAAUAAAAUAGAGCCUUUUGUCAACAACUGAAAUGACAGUCUCUUCCACUUUUUGGGGUAUUCUACAUUUUAAAUUGGCUGAACUAUGUACAGUGAAGUAUUCAGACUCUUAACCCAUUUUUCAUUUUACUGAAUGAUCGAUCUUGGUAUUUCGUUCUGUCUGAUGUGAACAAUUCAUGCAUGUUUCUUUUUUUAUUAUAUUUGACCUCGUCAUUUUUAAACAUCAUAACCCGUUUUUCCAACGAUUGGCACGAUUGGAUUUCCUCCAUCCAAUCCAAGGAUAGAACCAAGUCCCCGCCCUACAUUUAUUUAUUUUCUGAUAAUCCGUUUCACCUGGAUGUACAUCAGAAUAGAGAAAAAAAUGAUCUGCUGCUACUUCCAUAAUGUUGUAACUUUAAUGUGAGAAUGUCAUAUGUUAGGUGAAGCGAUUGUUCCAACAUUUCAAUAUUUUAAAUUUAAGCAGUAAGAGGAGGUUUGUAACACACAAUCAAGAAUGAGUUUGGCCCAUUUUUCCAAAUAAAUUUCUUCUAGGUUUUUCAGAUUAUA